CGAGAGCGGGAGUGCGGCACGGCGAGGUAUUCGCGGCCCAUGGGCGACUGGGAGCGGUGGCGCACGCGCGGCAUGGACAUUUGCUGCGAGGGGUGGUGAGUGAGCGACUGAGAGUGCGGACGACCUAUGGGGACGCCCUGUCGCUCAUGGUCGUCGCCGGUCGUGGCCUCGAGGAUCAUCUCGUCGACGCUCAUGGAGCUCUCGCGCUGCGGCUGCGCGAGUGUGGCGAGCGACCGCGGCGGCAAGCGUGCCGCGCAUGGUGGGUCGGACGCCCGGACGCGUCGACGUAAUGGAUUUGGACCGAGUCGUCGCGGUCAGGGUGGUGGGCGCGGUAGGAAGGGGCGGGCUGGCUCGAGGCGCCGUAGUACGGGUGAAGGGCCGGGACACUCGCACUGCCAGAGUGCUGCAGAGGGACGAGGCCGGGGUCGUGACGGCCGUUCACGUAGGCAUACCGGGGAGAGGCGGAAGGCUGGAUGGUCUGCUCACGCUCGCUGCGGAUGCGCUUUGCCGGGGGAGGGCCACCGGGGCCAGUGAGGCUAGCGUGGUAGGCUUCGAGGCUGCCGGAACGUGGCCUCACGCGGCUGGUGGAGUUGGGGAGGGGAGGCGGAGGGAGAGAGGGAAAGGGCGGGCGGGUGUGGUGGUGGGAUGGGUGGGAGGACGGGUGGCCGGACGAGGGGCCUGCGGCGUGGACGGGGAUGAGGACGAGCUGGCCGCCGCCGUCCGCGACGAUGCGGGAGAAGGACAUGCGGGCGUCGGCAGCACGGACCUCGAUGGUGUUGAGGUAGUGGUUGAGCUCCGUCCAGGCGUCCUGGAUGACGCGGAGACGCGCCUCUGCGUCGUCGCGGGCGACCUCUGCGCGUUCGACGCGUGCCUCGGCAUCGAGGAUCGGCGCCUUGACGGCAGUGUUGGGGAAAGGAUGGGGCUGGCCACUGGAAGGGGUGGGAUGGGCGGCUCACGGCGAGCGUCGCUGGGCUCGUCCAGGCUUGUGGUACCUGUCAUGCACCGAGCCUGUACACCGCCGUAAUGGGCCAGUGGCCUUGUCAAUGGUCAUACCCACGGAUAUUGGCACAUAAUAUGUCGUAUCCGCGUCCAGCCCGCCCUUCAAUAUUCAAUGCUGGGGAUGCCACUCCUCCGGCGGUGGAGGAGGAGGAGGGGGGACCAUUUAGCCACCGGCCGAUAGCGCACGCGCGUCUCGACUUCUUGACGGGGUCGUCGAUCGGGUGGGAAAGCAAGAUCGGGC